GCUCCCAGUUGGUGUGUGUGAGCGGCAGCUGGCGGUCUCUACUUCGCUCGGCCCACUCUUAGCAAUGGCGCUGCGGGUCGACCAGCUCCUUUCUCCGUAUCUAGUAGCGGCGGCUUUGUUAUUGCUUGCUAGAGGACCACAAGUGGCAGUUUGUUGCCCGAGUCGCUGUUUAUGCUUCAGGACCACCGUGAGAUGCAUGCACCUCCACUUGGAAGCUGUACCAGCAGUUUCUCCUCAGACGACCAUCCUAGACCUGAGAUUCAACAAAAUCAAGGAUUUACAACCAGGUUCCUUCAGGCAAUUAAAGAACCUCAACACACUUCUCCUCAAUAACAACCAUAUACGAAGGAUUCCCAGAGGGGCAUUUGAAGACCUGGAAAAUCUCAAAUAUCUCUAUUUGUACAAGAAUGAAAUCCAAUCAAUUGACAGACAAGCAUUUAAGGGGCUUGUAUCUCUUGAGCAACUGUAUCUUCAUUUCAAUAACAUUGAGUCUUUGGAACCAGAGUCCUUCACCCACCUACCAAAGCUGGAACGACUAUUUUUGCACAACAACAGAAUUACCCAACUAGUUCCAGGAACAUUCUCUCAUCUUCAGGCCAUGAAGCGACUGCGGCUGGAUUCCAAUUCCUUAAACUGUGAUUGUGAGUUGCUGUGGCUGGCUGACCUUCUGAAGCAGUACGCAGAGUCGGGCAAUGCACAGGCUGCAGCCACCUGUGACUACCCGAGCCACCUGCAGGGAAGAUCUGUGGCAACGCUCACAGCUGAGGAGCUCAACUGUGAGGUACCUAGGAUCACCUCUGAGCCCCAGGAUGUUGAUGUUACAUCAGGGAACACUGUCUACUUCACCUGUAGAGCUGAAGGCAACCCUAAACCACAGAUCAUCUGGCUCAGGAACAACAAUGCUCUAAACAUGCGCGAGGACAGUCGUCUGAACCUGCUGGAGGACGGUACACUGAUGAUACAAGACACCAGGGAGACAGAUCAGGGAGUUUACCAAUGUAUGGCAAAAAAUAUUGCUGGGGAGGUCAAGACUUCACAGGUCACACUGCGAUAUUUCGGAGCCCCUUCCCGACCAAGUUUUGUAAUUCAGCCCCAGAACACUGAAGUGUUGGUCGGAGAGAGCGUGACCCUGGAGUGCAGUGCUACAGGCCAGCCCCAGCCCCGUGUGUCCUGGACACGAGGUGACCGAACACCGCUGCCCAACGAUGCCCGUAUUAACAUCACCCCCUCCGGAGGGCUGUUUAUACAGAACGUGGUCCAAGCUGAUGGAGGACAAUAUACCUGUUUUGCCUCCAAUAAUGUUGACACUAUACAUGCUACAGCUUAUAUCAUCGUACAAGCAUUUCCACAGUUUAUAGUCACACCACAGGAUCAGUCAGUGUUGGAGGAUCAAACUGUGGAGUUCCCCUGUGAGGCAAGUGGCUACCCACAGCCGGUGAUUGCCUGGACACGUGGCAGCAGUCCGUUGCCCCUUGACAGUCGUCACACAGUCUUGUCUUCUGGUACUCUCCGCAUCACCCGUGUUGCAGCUCAUGAUGAGGGCCAGUACGAGUGCCAGGCAGCCAGCCCUGUGGGGAAUGCUCACACCACUGUGCAGCUCAGUAUUAUGCAAAGAGUAACGCCUGUUUUCACAAAUGCUCCAAGGGACCUGACAGUGGAGUCUGGCCAGGAUGUUCAGAUUCCCUGCAGCACUCAGGGCCAGCCACAACCAGUGCUCACCUGGAACAAGGAUGGGGUCCAAGUGACAGAAAGCGGCAAGUUCCAUAUCAGCCCUGAGGGUUACCUGGAGGUGAAGGAUGUGGGAACUGCAGAUGGUGGACGCUAUGAGUGUGUUGCUCGCAAUCCCAUUGGCUACCAGGUUGCCAGCAUGGUGCUCACUGUCACAGUUCCUGAAGUCAGCAGAGAGGGGGACUCCUUUGUGAGGACAUCCAUAGAGCAGGCCAUUCGUACUGUGGACAGUGCUAUUGAGUCCACAAGGAGACGUCUCUUUGAUGGUCAGCCUCGGACCCCUGGAGAACUGCUGGCUCUUUUCCGGUAUCCACGUGACCCGUACACAGUGGAACAGGCGCGUGCUGGGGAGAUCUUUGAGCAGACUCUCCUGCUCAUCCAGAACCACGUCAACCAGGGUCUUAUGGUCGACACUAAUGGCACCGAAUUUCGGUACAAUGACCUGGUUUCCCCUCACUUCCUGGAUGUAAUUGCCAACCUAUCAGGCUGCACAGCCCAUCGGCGCAUCAACAACUGCUCAGACAUUUGCUUUCACCAGAAGUAUCGCAGUCACGAUGGCACCUGCAACAACCUUCAGCACUCAAUGUGGGGAGCAUCACUCACUGCCUUUGAACGACUCCUGAAGUCCGUCUAUGACAAUGGCUUCAACCUACCAAGGGGCGCCACUAACCGGCUGCACAAUGCAUACAGGUUGCCGCUGCCGAGACUGGUGUCCACCACAAUGAUUGGAACAGAGACUAUCACUCCUGAUGACCGCUACACUCACAUGCUGAUGCAGUGGGGUCAGUUUCUAGACCAUGAUUUGGAUUCAACAGUGGUAGCCCUAAGCCAGUCGCGGUUCUCUGAUGGCCAGCUAUGUUCUCAGGUCUGCACUAAUGAUCCACCAUGCUUCCCUAUACAGUUCCCACCCAAUGACCAACGGCAGCUGAGAAGUGGCGCCCGGUGUAUGUUUUUUGUCCGAUCCAGCCCAGUUUGUGGCAGCGGGAUGACAUCGCUACUCAUGAACAGUGUAUAUCCAAGAGAGCAAAUCAACCAGAUAACCUCCUAUAUUGAUGCCUCAAAUGUCUAUGGCAGCUCACAACGUGAAUCGGAAGAGAUCAGAGAUUUGGCCAGUCAAAGAGGUCUGCUCCGACAAGGUAUCAUACAGCGAACAGGAAAACCACUUCUGCCCUUUGCCACUGGGCCACCCACUGAGUGCAUGAGGGAUGAAAACGAGAGUCCAAUUCCAUGUUUCUUAGCUGGAGACCACCGCGCCAAUGAACAGCUUGGCUUGACGUCCAUGCACACAGUUUGGUUCAGGGAACACAACCGUAUAGCCACAGAGCUACUGAGGCUGAAUCCGCACUGGGAUGGAGACACAAUCUACCAUGAGGCUAGGAAGAUAGUCGGGGCUCAAAUGCAGCACAUCACCUAUAGUCACUGGUUGCCAAAGAUACUGGGAGAAGCUGGUAUGAAGAUUUUGGGUUCCUAUAAAUGUUAUUACCCCAAUGUUAAUGCAGGGAUUUUCAACGCUUUUGCCACUGCUGCGUUCCGCUUUGGUCACACUCUAAUCAACCCGAUACUCUACCGAUUAGAUGAGCACUUCAACCCUAUCCCACAGGGACACAUUUCUCUACAUCGGGCCUUUUUUUCCCCGUUCCGGAUCGUAAACGAAGGUGGCAUUGACCCGAUAUUGCGUGGACUUUUUGGGGUAGCUGGUAAAAUGCGAGUUUCCACACAGUUGCUGAACACUGAGCUGACAGAGCGAUUGUUCUCAAUGGCCCACACUGUGGCUCUGGACCUGGCAGCUAUGAAUGUACAGAGAGGACGAGACCAUGGCAUCCCACCGUACAAUGACUAUCGAACAUUCUGUAACCUGACCACGGCUCAGACGUUUGAUGAUUUGAGGAACGAAAUUAAAAAUAAUCAUGUUCGUGAGAAAUUACAGAGGCUGUAUGGCACUCCUCUGAACAUUGACCUCUUUCCUGCCCUAAUGGUUGAAGAUUUGGUCCCUGGCAGCAGACUUGGGCCAACCCUUAUGUGCCUACUGGCAACUCAAUUCAAACGUGUUCGUGAUGGUGACAGAUUCUGGUAUGAAAACCCAGGUGUGUUCACUCCUGCCCAGCUGACACAGUUGAAGCAAGCCUCUCUGGCACGGGUCUUGUGUGACAAUGGUGAUAACAUAACGCGCAUCCAACAUGAUGUUUUCACGGUGGCUGAGCUUCCCCAUGGCUUUGGCAGCUGCGAUGACGUCCCUCACAUUGAUCUGCGCAUGUGGCAAGACUGCUGUGAAGACUGCAGAACCAAAGGUCAAUUCAAUGCACUGUCAUACCACUUCAGGGGGCGCAGAUCAGCUGAGCACAGCUACAGAGAGGAUACACCUGCCAACAACAUUCAAGAAAACAGCCCAGAGGAGAAACCUGUAGAGCAUUUUGUAAAUGUGACUCUGAUCUCCAAGAAACACACUAAACCCUCAGAGAACUUCCAGGAUUUUGUGUCUGACAUGCAGAAGACAAUUGCAAGCUUACAAAAACAGAUUAAAAGACUUGAAGCUCAUGUGAGUAAGACUGACUGCACUGAUAGUGAGGGAGAAGAGCGUGCAAAUGGAGCCCGGUGGAAAAAGGAUGCCUGCACCGCAUGUGAAUGCAGAGAUGCCCAAGUAACCUGCUUUGUCGAGUCUUGUCCACCCACUGACUGCGAACAGCCUGUAAAAGUAAAAAGCGCGUGCUGCCCAAAAUGCCUUAAGCAAGAAGUUGUUGACAAGCUGCAAGAAGCACAUACCCGCCUUGAUUAACCCUCAGGACCCCCCCCAGCAACUCCAGUGUCUGAAAGCCACAUACUCACAUACAGACAUCCACAGGGGAUGAAACAGGUGUGCUAAGCACCUCGACAUAGCCUCUUUUUUUUUGGGCUUGCCCCCUUCAGGGCCAGCAGCCCAAAACUUGAUUUGCAAUCCUUUGACAACAAGCCAACAAUCACUAAAUGGAUUUAUUUCUGAACCGAUGGUUGGAUGAAUGGGUGGCGUGUAAACAAGACAGACAAACCUCUCCUCCAAUGAAGUGUAAAAGAAUGCCACUGCGUUUGUCCUUCUGCAAACCAUACUUGAUGGCAGAGCGCAGGGUCAGUUGCCGUCAACAAGCAGGAAAGGGAAGUAAAUUGAUAGAUGGCAGCCAUUUUGUUGUCUCACAAAAAUUACUCAGGUUAGAGAAAAAAUGGUGCUAUUUCCCCGUUUUCAUCAAUGACUCAAACACUAUUUACAAGCCUUCAAAGUAUUUUCUUUAGUAUGGAAGGUAGUAUAUACACUCCUCAUAUGCCUUUUAAUAGUAAGCCACAAAUGAGAGGACUGUUUAAUUUUAAUUAAAGGUAUUUCUUCGUUUACUCCAUAGUGAUUUAUAUCUGUCUUAUAUCUGUUUUUUUCUUCUCUUUUUGUAUAAAAAUACUUACAUACAGUAUGAAGAUAAUGUGAAGCCCAACAAAAGUGUUUCUCAGUAUAUUGCAAAAGAGAAGUCUACUGAUUUUUGCACCUCUGGACAAUUUAUUAGUCAACCCACAUAUCUACACAUCUGCUGGCCUGUCCUGCACUUGAGUAAAGUGAAGAGAUGUGGCAAUUUACAUCCCAGGACCCUUGAUUCAGCCCUUUUCUUGUAUUUUGUGCUUUAAGAAAGCAGUGAAAGAAUAUCCUUUUAUUACCACUGUCCAUUGUCCAACUGUUUUUCUCAAAUAUGAUGAUUAGCUUUUAAAAUUUGAUAAAUAGCAUGUGUCAGCCUGUGAAACUAUGUAUGAAUCUUGUAAUGAGGUCAUGCUUCAGCCUUUUGUACUGCUAACUUUACCACAGCAGUAUUCUCCUCAUGUAGGGUCUUUAGUCACUACUAAAGGACUGCUUCCACCACUGCUGGCUGUUCUUCUCUGCCCUUGUGGACCUGCAGUACUAGCCCCAGUGUACAUAAGGACACGUUUGCAUGCAUUCCUUUGGUCAAGCAGCCACUUUGUCUUCUACUCUUCUUUCUACAAUUCUUUUCCUCGCGUGCCUUACAUUUUUGACUGUCUUGGUCUCAAGUGUUACUAUAGCUUAGGAAUGUGUGACCUGGUUAUUUUACAUUGCCAUGUUACAGGUUUCAAGACUGGGGUGACGUCACUUAGCAGAACGUGUUUAGUGCACAGGCUUCUCCAGCUCUCUGACCCUCAUUCCACUGUAAUGGAAGCCAUAUGGGAGGGGAAACAAGGCUAAUGCUGGGGGAGGGUGCUGAUGACUGGGAUACCGUGUCAAUCAAAACGAGUCUUAGCCACCAUAUUGCAAUUGUGAGACAGAUGUAUUCCUGUUAGCUGUACCCUGCCCCAUGCACUGUGUGUAACAAAUGUCACAUUUGUUUACAUGUUUUGCGUUGCUGCUUCUGUGUUAAAGCAGCUACAACUGCAGUGUCUUUACAUGCUUAUGUCCUGAGCAAGAGUCUGUCACUACAGAAAUAACCAUUCAGGGUCCCAGGUGGCCUAUGGGGGAGGCAGUCACACUGGUAGAUUGUUAUCAUAUCACGUUUCAAUGUACUGGACAGGUUUGUACAUCAAAAUGUGUGUUUACAGAUGUGUAAUUUGUUUGUCCUUGACUUUUUGUAACAUUGUGAAAUAACUAUUACCAUAUCGUUAUCUGAUAUGAUUGAUUUUCUGACUGAUGAUUAUGAGUCAUUUGCGGAAUAAAUGCUUUUUGGCUCAAGGUUUAGACUACAAAGCACUGUGAGCUUUAUUAAUUACCGGUCUGUAUUGUCAUAUACAGUAUUUGUUGCAUUAGCCUUGUCGUUGUGGUGCCCUCUUUUUAUUCACAAGCUUCCAAGUGUCAAUAGAAUGCACUGCUCUGCAAGACUGAACAUGUUUUACCUGCACUGUACGUCAACAUGUGGUCAGUGUGGCUGUAGUACCUACCAUGAUAUUUGUAUUGUUUGCCAAAGAAUGGUUUGCACUGUAAUGUAUGCCUGUCAAUCAGUAAUAUUAAACACAUAAGACGGAUUAAUUACA